AUCUGGGGUUUUGGUUUGAUCCGUUACAGAGAAAAGGGAGAACCAUGAAACUUGGAGCCAGAUCCCAGUUUGGAUCCCAAACGUCUCCAGCAUUCAGGUGCUCGGGUCAGGGGCACUGGCUCAAGCCCAUCUGUAAUUAUUCCCCCUUGUGAUACGCAGAGAAACUCUCUGAACUCACCACUUGCCAGUGCUACUGACCAAGUAUCUAUUUGUACCGAGUGUGGAGUGGAGGAGGACGAAUGGCUGAUGCAGUGGGACAGCCCCGUGGAGGUGUGCCCCAUCAGAUCUCCAACCUCCUGCGGCUGGCAGAUGAGGGAGGCCACAAGGACAUCGUGGCAGGCAUCAUGCAGGCAGCCAGGGUCCAGCCAGCUGCUGUGGCCUCCCGCCUAGUCCAGAUCCUCCAGCAGGAUGAGGUGUCUGUCGGGCAGAAGGUGGCGGCAUACGAGGGCCUCAGGACCGUGCCGCUGGAGCAGGGGAUGGAGGCAGGACUUAUCGGCAGCCUCAUUGCUGUGGCCUCCCAGCAGAUGAGGGCGGCUCCAGAGGAGGCCUCGAGCGAGCUCCAGGCGGCUGCCAGUGAUACCUUGGCCGCCCUCGCUGGCAGCUACUUCGGGCCGGUGAUGCGGGAGCUCCAGAAACACCUGAGGCCCUUUGUGCUGCCAGCGGAGUUCACCCUCCUCACCCUGGGCAAGGCCAUGGCGGCCAGCGUGUACAGGUGCGUCCCUUUCCUGGGCAUCACCCUGACCACCAUGCAGACCGUGAUGCGAGGGAUAGAUGACAGCAGGAGACGAGGGGCCUUCUGCACCGCCCUGGAGUGCAUGUGUGGGGCAAUCAGCACUUACGUGAGGAGCUGGGAGAGGAGCACCUAUCCACAAAUCACGCUCCAGCGCUUCUCUGCACACCUGCUCCCCACGUACCGGUACCUCCUCAGCGCCUGGCUGCCCAGCGAGGACACAGAGGCCCUGGGGCCAGUGCUGAACAUCCUGCUGCCCAGGAAGGAUCUGCAAACCCAGAUCGAUGGGGACAUCCCCCUGCUCCUGGCUCUGUACGGGAAGAACAUCGAGGCCUUUUACAUCACCAAGGUUCUGGGACAGAUCUUGCAGGCCUCUUCCUCCAAGAACCCGAUCCCAGAGGUGUAUGUGGCGGCCAUCUCCCAUACGCUGAGCUACCAGGUCACUUCCAAAGCUCAGCGGCCCUAUCAGCUCUGCAGGGAGAACCACACAGAGAUUUCCCACGUCUUCCUGCAACUCGGUAAGGGGGUGGUGGUGAGAGGCUGCAGCCCAGACGAGCGGUGCAUGGGGGCCCUGGGUGUGACCUGCUCCCUGUAG